AAGUAGCACAUGUUGUUGUCUGUGGUUGGUUUGUUUUCAUUUUUUUGUAAACAACUCAACACAAUAUUAGGUAUCUCUUCAGGAAUUUGAAUUCAAUUUUCAAUUUAUGUGCGACAAAUACGGGUAUCUUAUGCUUAUGCUCAUAGCAUAAUUGCGUGACUUGAUAAAAUAAAAAUAACAUGUCUCCACGCUCAUACUCUACUUUUAUCUUUCUGUUAUCUUUUUUAUUUCACAAGUGUUUAUGUUAUGAUUAUGAGAUAAAGGUUUUCGGUCCUGGAUUAAGACCUGAAAAAAUUGUUAUGCCGGCGAGAUAUUUUUUCGUUAAUUUUACUUCCAUUGAUGAAAGCACAUAUUCUCGUGAACUAGCUUCAAAAUUUGCUGUGGAAAUUAAUGGAAAAUCUUUUGAUAAAGACCACUGCCGCCUGUGGACUAACACCUUAGACCGCAAAGAUGGGACUUUCAUUGUUCGAUAUAAACUUUAUGAAACAUGUAAUGAAUUAUCCAUAAGCAUUUAUUAUAAACACAAGCACAUUCGGGAUUCUCCUUUUAAAUUUACAGGCCUUAUCCAGCCAGACCAAUGUGAUUGUCCAGAGAAAAACUUACAAUCUUGGAUAGAGCAGUAUCAAUGCCCAUCAUCUUAUACUAAAAUUGAUGAAGAUCUCAAGCCAUUUAAACAGCUAAAUAUGAAGGAUCAAGUAUCCAAAAUUAUUGAGAAAUACCAUAAACCUGAAAGCACAAGUUUUUGCCAUUAUGUUAUUAAAGAUAACCAGAUUUAUAGAGAUUGUUAUGGCAAACAUAUUGGGUUCAAUAUGUUUGCAGAUAACAUUCUAUUAUCACUCUCAAGAAAGGUGGUAAUGCCUGACAUGGAAAUGGUGAUAAAUUUAGGUGACUGGCCCUUGUUGUUUAAGGGAAUGGAGCCUUUACCAAUCUUUUCAUGGUGUGGUAGCACUGAAACAAUAGAUAUUGUCAUGCCUACUUAUGAUAUUACUGAAUCUGCAUUAGAAAACAUGGGAAGAGUUACGUUAGAUACCCUAUCAGUUCAAGGCAACAUAGAAUGUAAGUGGGAAGAUAGAGAACCUCGUGCAUUUUGGCGCGGCCGCGACUCUCGCGCAGAGAGGCUCAAACUUAUUGACAUAGCACGUGCUCACCCAGAUCUCUUUAAUGCUUCUCUUACAAACUUUUUCUUCUUCCGUGAAAAAGAAGCUCAGUAUGGACCAAAGUUGCCACAUGUAUCUUUUUUCAAAUUCUUUGAUUAUAAAUAUCAAAUAAAUGUAGAUGGAACAGUUGCAGCAUACAGAUUACCAUAUCUUCUGGCUGGAGGCGGAUUAGUCUUAAAACAAGAUUCACCAUACUAUGAGCAUUUCUAUGGACAGCUGCAGCCCUACAAACAGUAUGUGCCAGUGAAAAGAGACCUCUCCGACUUGACUGAUCAACUUAAUUGGGCAAUAAAGCAUGAUGAAGAGGCACAUAAUAUUGCAAAAAAUGCAAGGCAAUUUGCAAAUGAUAAUUUAUUACCACAACAUAUUAUCUGUUACCACGCUGUACUGUUUUCAGAAUGGAGUAAAAGAAUAUCUGGAGAAGUCAGCGUGCAUGAAGGAAUGACGCACGUGCCGCAAGCUAAAUUUGCGUGCCACUGCGAUAACAGUCAAGAAAGUACUAGUCAUGAGGAGUUAUAGUUAGGAUUUGAAUAAGGAACAAUCUCAACAUUCUUAAUCUCGAAGAUUCUCGAUUUAUAUUUUUUAAAAGUGUAUGUAUGUUAAUUAAAAGUUGUAUUUUUGUGUUCAGUAUAUUAUAUAACUAGCUUUACUAAUAAAUUUAACUAAUAUGGGAAGAAU